AUGGGUUCCACGGUAGAUCCAGGUUUCAAGGGCGUUGCAUAUCAGCCACAGGAGGAAGUCUACUACAAUGACGGCCGCGAAAUCGCUCUUCUGCAUUUUGUAUAUGGGCACCCACAACUGGAAGAAAUGCGUGGGAAUCCACAGAGAGUCUUGGAUGCAAUUGAUGAGUUCGGCAAGACCAAGAAGUAUUUGAUGAACAUCGGACCAUAUAAGGCGAAGACGGUGAUCGACCUCAUCACGGAGGUGAAGCCCCAGGUGAUGGUGGAGCUAGGAGGUUACGUCGGCUAUUCAGCCAUUGCCUUCGCCGCAGCGGUUCAAGCUGCUGGCGGAAAGCAGUACUGGAGUCUGGAGCACAAUGCCGAGUUUGCCGCUGUCAUCACAAUGCUGGCUGACCUGGCUGGCCUCCGCGACAUUGUCAGAGUUGUCGUUGGCAACAGUGCCACCUCCCUGAAACGUCUGCAUGGUGGAGGCGACUUGAAGCAUAUCGACUUGCUUUUCCUGGACCAUCUGAAGCCAGCGUACACGCCUGACUUGAAACUGUGCGAAGAGCUCGAGCUUGUUGGUCCCGGUUCGGUCUACGCCGCUGACAAUGUUGUCAAACCGGGCAACCCGCCGUAUCUCGAAUACGUUCGAAGGACUGUCCAAGAGAAAAAGGAAGCCUUCAAUUCGGGAGACACAAAUAGCCCCCGCGGCAACCCAAACCUUGUGUACGAAAGCCGCUUUGUUGAGGGCUGGGAACCGUCAGGCGUGCCAGAUGCUCUGGAAAUCACCAGGUGUACUGGUGUAGGCCCGUAAACUCGAAACGAAUACAUAACAGGCAGACAGGCUUGACCCGAACGACAAACGGAGUUAUGAUGGAAUACGAGUCGAGGCCACCGUCGCAUCAUCGACAACAGCUGCAGGUGACAAGCCUCAGGAGUUUGCGGGGCUUGGGUUGCAGAGGAUGGCGCCUAUUGGCGAGCCUUCAGAGUCUGUUCACGCUGGCGAUGCGUGCUCUUUUGUAGCCUUCGAAGCUCUACGGA